AUCGUUAUCGGUCAUAUGAGUAUCGCACGUGAAUGUGAAGGAGCUCUCGUCCCAGCUAUUAACAUUUAUAUAGUAAUAUAAAUAACGACAGAAAAUGAUAAUUUACCAACAUAUUUUGGAUCUGGAAAGUCGACGGAAUAAAAAUCAUGUAUCGCAGUCUCAGAGAGCUAGUCCUGACCAUUAUGGUUAUGUUAAUGCUGUCUACGUCACUCGCCAAACCACGGAAUAUCGUUUUUAUCGUUGCCGACGAUCUUGGAUGGAAUGACGUCGGUUUUCACAAUGCGGACAUGAUCACUCCAAAUAUUGAUAGGCUUGCGAAUAGAGGUGUGAUUUUGAACAGUUCUUAUGUUCAGCCGGUAUGCACACCUUCGCGACACUCCUGGAUGACUGGAAUUUAUCCAUUCAAGGCAGGCUUACAAAGAGGAGUUAUAUUUCCUGAACAAGCAACAUGCUCGCCCCUUGAUAUGGAAUUCUUUCCACAAAAGUUACAAAAGCUGGGAUAUUCUACCCACAUGGCGGGAAAAUGGCACCUUGGUUUCUGUAACUGGGACUGCACGCCUACAAAUCGCGGGUUCGAUUCGUUUCUAGGAUACUACAACGGUGCAGAGGAUUAUUAUAAUAAAACAAUUUUUAAUGGUACUGACUUCCACGACAAUAGAAAACCUAUAACAGGAGACAACAGAUAUUCUGCUUUUGUGUAUGCAGAUAGAGCAAAGUCAGUUAUCAAAAAUCAUAACAAAACAAAGCCUCUUUUCUUAUACCUUCCAUUCCAGUCAGUACAUGUUCCAAUCCAAGUACCGAAGCGUUUUGAGGACAUGUAUCCAGCUAUCGCUAAUGAUCAGAGAAGGCAAUAUUCGGGAAUGGUGUCUGCCAUGGAUGAAGCUAUUGGAAAUGUUACCCAAGCUUUGGUCGAUAACGGUAUGAUGGAUGACACUUUGAUUAUAUUUACGGCUGACAACGGAGGAUGGCCCGGCCAUGGAGGAAACAACUACCCAUUGCGAGGAGGAAAAAUAACUAUUUUUGAAGGGGGCACGAGAGCUGUGUCAUUUGUUUCUGGAUCAGGUAUUGGAAAGCCUGGAUCCACAUACAACGGCUUAAUUCAUGCUGUCGACUGGCAUCCGACAAUUCUGGCAGCCGCUGGUAGUUCAAUGGACGACGCGAACGAUAACAUUGACGGUUUGGACCAGUGGAAAGCAAUUAGUUUAGGAGGGGAAUCGAUGAGGACAGAGCUAGUUUAUAAUAUAGAUAAUUUUGUGUUGGCGCCAAAUGGACAUGCUGCGAUACGGGUAGGAGAUUUCAAACUGAUAGACGGAUAUCCAGGACCGUAUCAGGACUGGUACAAGCCAGAACAAGGGUAUGAAAAUAAUCAUCACUUGACGACAGAUUACUCCAAGAUAGUGAAAGAUGAUUUAGCCAAAAAUAAUGGUGAAUGGAAAGGAGACGGACUUUACAAUUUGAAAGACGACCCCACGGAGCACCACGAUGUCUCUAAACAAUACCCCGAGAUUGUAAAAACCCUGAAAGCGAAACUAGAUGAGUAUAGGAAAAGUUAUGUAACACCAAAUUUUCCAUUUAAUGAUCCUAAAGCCAAUCCGAAAAACUAUGACGGGUAUUGGAUGCCUGGUUGGUGUUAAGUGAUAUUUAAACGUACAAUAGAAAAACGUUCUCAGUUUUAUAAAGAUUUUGGCAUGAUUUGAUUAAUGUCUUUCUUCAAGCCAGAUUUUGUGUUACUUCAUGCGAUUAUUUUGUCCACACAUAUGCUAUGAAUCGAAAUCAAUCGAAGAAGCUGUACAUGUCUAUGUUCAAGAGCUGUUUCUUUUUUGCAUUAUUUUAGAAAAUAAAAGAACACAUUUUAGCUAAGUUGUACAUGCCUAUAGUGUAUGGAUAUUUUAUAAAAAAAAUAUUAAAUAAGAAUAAAAUGUUA